AUGCUAGCAGUUUCCUUCAUAGGCAAGAAAUUCUGCUGCGAUGCUCAAGUCGAGGUUUGUACAAAGCAAUUGUGAGCGAGGUCUCGACGGCCUUGUCAGGAAAGAUAUUUUAAUUCAUUUCAUGUUGUCAAUUGUACAUUGAGGAGACGCGAAGAUUAACUUUCGAGCGAUAUUUCAGCCGAAUAUCAAGGCAAUAUAUCGAAGGUUUUUUUUUCAUACUUCGAUCUGCUGAUGAAAAUUGCGCAAAGAAAAAAUAUGAUUUUUAUUUUGAUGAAAUACUGCAGUUUUCAAAAUUUGCUUCACACCUAAGAACGCUAUGAAAAUUCAAUUCCCAAUACUGAAAUAUUUUUCUCCCUUUGAGAAUAAUAUUAUGGCAGCUGUAAGAUUUCCUCAGUGGACUAAAGCCAUUUUCUUGAGGCAAAAUAAAUUGAUUAUGUUCUUCUUCUUAUUUCUCUAUGUAUUGAUGAGUUUUAUUUCUGCGGUAUUUUUUUUUCUCUUCUUCCGGUCUCUGAGAAGUCAAAACAAACCUUCCUCUAUUUUAGCACGUCAUGUAAUCUAUUCUUUUUUUUUUUUUUUUUUUAUAUAUACCGGGUUGCCUCCAAACUUAACUUAUAAACAAAUUGUGAAUAGUGAAAUCAGUAAAUGAUACAGCCAUACUCAAAGAAAAAAGAAAUCUGAGUGUUUCCCGUAAGACUCGAACCUUCGAUCUUCCGAUGAGUAUUUUGGAUGCUCUAUCACUGUUGCUGAUGUCGUUUGUUGCUUUUAUUGAUUUUUUUUUUUUUUUAUUCAUAUCAAGUCGUGACAUAAGCCAAGAAAAAGACAAUUCUUGAUUAUAGAUUUUGCGCGAGAAAUUAAACAGAGUGUUUACAUAAUAUAUAAGUAUAUAUAUAAGUACUUUUCAUUUAGCAACUGUGACAAAGUAUUGCUAAAAUUUCUUUUUCAUUUCUUCCCCUUAUUCUGUUUGUCCCCAAAAGUUUUUACUUCUUAAAACUGAAGGAAAUUUUUUUUGGCUCCGUGAUCAAAAUUAGGAGACGUUGAAUCUUCUAAGUGAAAGGGAAUAGAUUUUAGAGUUAUAUAAUCCCCUGAGUUUCGCCGUAAUCUGUUAAUUCCAGCAGGCUAUUGUCAAGCCAAAAUGAAACUACAAAUCGCUAACCUUAUCUUAUUUUAUUAUCAUGGGUGCAGACGCAUACCCUGCUUCCCGGUUGAACUGCAUUUUACCCAAGCCAAUGAUGAUAACGGCAAAAGAAGAAACAAAAAAAACAAAAAAAAAAGGAACGCUUAAUUCACAAGAUGAAUUAAGUGCCAGAGGCAAUAAUAAUUAAAACUGAGAUAAUACUGUUCAUUUUUUCCCCUCACACGUGAUCCAUGUCAAAUAACAUGAAGUUGUCGGUGCAAAAUGUGUAAUUACUUGUUAUUAUUGAUGCAACUACAGGGAGCGCUCCUUAUUUUUUUUUCAAGAGAGGAGAAAAACGCAAGUGACAAUUUUCGUGCCAAAACCGGUUUUUAUUUUUAUUAGCUUGGGAUUAUUGCGGACAUAAACAACAGGCUUUGAAAACAAAAGCAUCGGGUCUUAAAAGCGCUGACUUCUCAUUUCUUUAUUUUAACGUCAUGGUUCAUUUCAUGUUUGCAUUCAUGACGAAAAGAGAGUCCAAGCAUGGUACUUGUUUUCGAUUUUGAUCUUCUUAAAAGCCCGAACAAAAUAUUGAGUGAAAAAAAAACCCAUGAGGUUCAUUUUACUGGGAUUCAUUCCAGUUACCUGCGAUGCUGUUCUCUGGAAUGGCCAGCCAUAAAAUGUGAGGCAAGCAGGGUCUGUAGGUGUUUUUAGAGAUUGUUAAUGAAUCAUGAGUAUAGUAAUACUUAGCCGUAGAGCAUUUAAAAAACAAUUGGUAUUUUGUCAGAAGACGAAUAACAAUAUAUGUAAUGGUCACAUCUAAUUCUUGGGAUGUUCUUACACUAUAUUGCUAAUUUUGUUUCAAAACUGUUUCGCAAGUAACUAACUUUGCAGCUCGUUUCCCUCGGCAUUCUAUUCAGUUCCCCUGACAGAUGGUCUGUACCCAUUUCGGUCGUGGAGAGGGACACCACCUGAGCUCAAACCCAGACCAACAAUGCCUAACGUGCUGGUGGGUAAGCUUAUUCUCUGUUUUCUUACAGGUUGCCAAUCAAGUCGAAAACAGUGGAUUGCAGCUUAACCUGAAAGUUCGUGAGACAUGUCGACAGUUUAUCAAGACACCCGAGCCGGUUCUCGCUACACUUCAUGUAAGCCUCAACAAUGGGCGAAGGGAGGACGUCAACAAGUGCAAAGAACUACUUUCUUUUCUAAAAGAGCAAGUCCUGCCAAAGACUGUAAAACUGAUAAGUUUAAAGAGAAUUAAAAAAAUCAAAGAUAAAAACAAGAGCAAUGGUGGGAAACUUUUUUGGGCUGCAAAGAAUGGUACAGGAAAGUCAAAAAAAAAUUAUAACUUUCUUGGAGUGCAAUUCUUUUAACAGUUUUUCUCUAUGACGCUAAAAAAAGAUAAUUUUUUUUUUUUUUUUUAACUUAAAGCACAAAUACUAGAGUAAUACAAACAAAUACAAAGUUAAUUGCUUACAAUCCACAUUUUAAUGUGUCAGAUUUAAUUUAUGUUGUGGUUAUAUAAUAAUAUAAGCCUAAUUUGUACAAAUACUUCUACAUCAAAUUCCUUUUUUGGUAGAACGACUGUAUAUACAACUGCGUCUAUAACUGUUAAUACCCGAUACUCAUCUAUAGUUCAAUUAUCUUCUUCGAUUUGAGUAUCGAAGAAGAUAAUUGAACUUUUAUAUUAAGAUGAAUAUUUUUUGGAAAAAAAAAAACAAACAAAACAAGACAAAACAAGAGAUGUGACCAAAACAAGGUUUUGCUUUUAAUCGGUAUCGAUUUGAAGAGGAAAGCUUUUUGAUUAAAAUUGUCCUUUUCAGGAAAGAAGAGAACAAGAAAAGAUGCACGCGAGGUAUGAAAAAUGCGUCGUUGUUAUAAUUCAUUUGUUUCAAAUUAAUAAUGGUACUAGGACUGAGUGGAGUCCAAUUCGGUCUGUAAUCAUACGGGUGAUAACAAAAUCGGACGACUGUGCAGCGGAAGUCCAAUUUGUUUAUCACGAGUAUGAUUUCAGAAUUGGACGACACGAAGUCUUAUUCUACAUAAGUGUAUGUUGGUUUGAUUUUUACGUCUUUUAGCUGAAAAAUUAGUAGUUGUUGUUGUUGUUUUUUAUUUCUUCAGAUACAGAGAGUUAUCCUCAAAAAUCUGUCGUCGGCUCUAGCAUCAAACUCGAUAGUACCAGUCUGCACGAGAACCACACGGCGGGCACUUUGGCCACACCCUCAGUCACAUGUGCAAAUCUGACACGAAAAGAAAAAGUUGAAUCUAACGACGACAUCCUUGAAGAAGACAAGAACCCUUCAAUAGCAAAACUGAAGAACAUUUCUGAUGAAAAUGUAUCAUUGAAUUAUCUUGAUGAAGGAAAAUUAGGAAAGACCGAAAAGGCGGUGGUUGAGACUCCUUACGACAACCUCACCACUUCCUUUGCAACAAAAGAAAGGAAUAAAAUUGUGAAGCGCAAUACCACGAGCUGCUUUGGAAUUAAGCGAUCACGGAAACUGGGCACUGGUAAAUGGCACUUGAGCGAGAGAGGUCUGCAACGCUUGCAAAAUUUGAAACAAGACGCUCGAUCCAAAAACACUGCAAGUCCCACAAUGAUUGUAGAGCAUAACCUGAGUGAGCAGACGAAACGUGAUCUGGAACAAUUUGCAGCUCAAUACGUUGGCAAAAUUUGUGAAUUAGCACUUACAAGGAAAGCGAAGGAAAGCUGCCGGGAAUUUGCAAAGGUCUAUGUCGAGAACGUGCUCACCCUGGCUAAGAACAGAAUUUCUGAAUUAGAAAAUUUGAAGCGUCAUGAACAAAACGUACGCUGUGAAGAAAAGUGUAGUUUAGAGGUUGAAGACCACCCCAGCUUCAGUAAGGUAUGGAAAUAUUCUCAAGCUCUGGCUGAAGGCCAUGAUUUCUCUGAGGCACGGACAACAGUGAAGGACAUAGCAGUGAAUGGCGAAGAACUUGGCACAUCUUCGGAUCAUUUACGCGGUAAUGACGGAGACAUUAUAAACGAUUGUCAGACUGGAGAUUUUGAGCGUGAAAUUGUAAACUUAGCGUCGUCGAGCGAUGACAGCCUCUCAGAGAAUUCCCCAACUUCCUCUAGUGAGUCGGUGGAGUUUCAUACACAAUGCACACGAGAAAGAGGCGAACCAAUUCCACCAUGCGAAAUCGAGAACGAGGCAAAAGUUCACUAUGCGUUUGAAAAUAUGGAGAGCGGGAAAUUAGCUGACGAGAAUUACGGGUUCCCUCUACAAGCAGGUAAAGAAGAUGGCAAUUGUUCUCUUGAAGCACUAGGAAUUUCUUCUACGCCCACAAAGGAAGGGGAAGAGCUGCCACCCGGAAAAACAAGACAAGGAAAAUUAGCCACCAGGACGCAAAGGACUGGUAACCAACCUGAACCCAGCUGCGGUCGAAGAAGACCCUUUUAUAAAAGGACUGUAUCGGAGUCUCAAGCCUCUGAGAGGAAACAGUGGAACUAUACACAGCCUGGUGACGACGAUAUGCAGGUGACAAAUAAUUUGAAUCCAUCAGGCUGGCCAGGUAACACCCCACCAAAGUUUGUUCGAUCAACUUCGUGUCCAGAUGUAACCGAGGCAAGUGAGAUAUUCGAUUUCAUUUCUGAUUCUAAAGUAUUCAUUGUACUCGGAGUAUUUGUUAGAAAUGAUGCAGCCUGUCUGUUUGUAGAAGUAUCUGAAAAUGCUGACGGGUAACGAUGAUGACGAGGAUGAUAAAAAUUUGAGACAACGGUGAUAAUGAUGAUGACGAAGAAUAUAACCAACUAUUAACAGGAAUUGAGCAACGACUUUUAACUAAAUUAUUUUUUUAACGGUUGAUUGCUUUGGUCCUUUGAACCUACUCACUUUAUUGAGAAAAGUUGGGAUCGUCAUUCUUUUCCUAAAAAAUGGUUUGGUAAUAUCUUUUGUUUUGUUUCUGUUUAUGUGACCACAACGAUAAAAGGUGCGCAUAUCCCUAAUCCUUAACUGACUGAACAUACAAGUCUCUUUGUUUCUUUGCAUGCGCACUUGAACCUAAAUAGACGAUUGUCGGAGUAACCUCGUCCCCAAUGGUUCCGUUUGUCAUGCGCGUUAUAAGCGAUCCCGUUCUUGACAAAAAGGAGAGCGGGCUCUGGGACGAGAUUGUUAUCGUGGCUAAAGUAAGUGACCGUGGGCAUGUCUUGUAUCUUCUCUUUACAGGAUGAUGUAUUUAUUGAAAGCAUUCUGAGCCAUCAUGGAGACGUUUACGACUCACUCGCCCAAAGGACCUGGGUAAGACUUGGCUAUUAAGGCUCUGCAAUGUUUUCCUGAUUCCCCCCUGGAAAUCAACUUUCUAUGGCCUGUACCCCCCCCCCCCCAUACCCUUGACACUCCGUUGCCUCCAUUGCCCCUGAAAACCAUGUGAUCCUCCAAAAAAAUCUUUCAAACCUUCCCUCUCCCCCCUGAUAAAUUGUGACGAGUCCCUAAAAAACUAUUUUUCUACUUUUCAUUUUGUGCAGACAAUACUUCACGUCCAUGAGUUGUGGAAUGGCGGAAAACCCAUGGAUGCCAUGAAAGCUUGUAUCGAGUUGACAGGAAUGGUGGACUUUGAGAAGAGUCUGGGCGCCACACCAAAGCCGAGCAACCCCUAUACGCUCAUGUCACGUGAUUAUGCAUUGUUUCUAAAUAUUCUGCAACAGUUACCGAGCAGCUGGUGAGAAAAAUGAAUUUCCUUUGAUUGUAGAGAGAAAGUAUCCCCAUGUUGACAAGAUAAUGUAUACGAGCGCUUGGCAUCUCAUCCCAACCCAUAGUAUUAGCAUGUAAGGUCAUGUAUAAGCACAUGGAAAAAAAAAGACAGAAAUUACCCACGCGACUUAGGAAAAAUAUCUGCGAACAAGUUUAGUGGAGUAUAUCUCCCUACCAAAGUUCGCGCGGCAACGGCAAAUUGACGCAUGGCGGACUAAAGUGGGAAGGAGGAACUUUUCCUGGUCUGGGAAAAAAUCCCUUUUUAACUUCACUAAUUUAUCGAUCAAUUCUUCCACUUUUGUUGCGCGCUUACAGAGCUUCUUGUCAAGCGAUGUAUGAAUUUUGCGCAUUUACCCUCUUACUCUGACUGACCUUGCAUCUUCAGGAAAACUGGUUCUAAGUUUCCUUUAGAUGCCAACAUUCUAGGCAUUUGCAUUUAAAAGCCCUAAUUAUUAUCGCUAUUAUCAUUGUUAUUAUUUCUAUAUUUGUUAUCAUUAUUGUAAUUAUUAUUCUUAAAAUUAUUGUCAUUAUUAUCAUUUUAUUGUUAUCAUUGUUGUUCUUUGUUGAACUUGUGCGCAGCGCCAUGUGGACUCUUGAUCUCUGUGAGCUCGUCCUUCCAAAGCUAAAAGGAUUUAUUUCCACUCAACAUCAUUCAAGGUAGGAAAUAAAUUGGCUUCUCUAUUUGAUUUUAGCUAUUAUUAUGUUUUCUCCUCCGUUCGUUGGAUUUUUUUGUUAUAUCCGAAUGAAUUGUAUUUUAAUCCGAUUGUUAAAAAAGAGAGCAAGCGGGAGUAAGUCUGGACAUGAAAUAAAGUUUAAUUUUGUCCGCUUUCAUUGAGUUUUGAAUCCUCUGGUUUCAUAAUAUUGAUUUAGGUUUUGCUUAUCACGAGGCGCAUUUAUUAUCUCAGUGAAAGGAAUAGCAUGAAGAGGAUAUACGAAGGAUUAAAUCUGUCAAAUUCCGGAUCCUUCACUCGAGGAAAAAAAUUUGAAAAGUAUUGCCAUGAUACAGAAUUUGAUUUCGAAUUAAUAAAAACUUACGCCCCUAUUUGGUAAAAUACACAUACUCUGCAUUGAUAUCUACUCCACAAGUUACAAACACAAAAGAAAAAAGUUUGGAGCAAAUUUUUCAAAUUCUUCGACAAAGUUUCAUCGUAAUUUGCUAAGAAUCGAUGAAAAUCUCCGUCACCAAAAUUUUGUGCCAAGUGAAGAGAGAUAAGUCACCGACAUUAUUUCUCAGUUAGUGUUUAGUCCGGAAAGGUUUUUAGGCGUGUCUAUUUGUUAUUCCUAUCCGUUCUUUUAAUCAUUUCGUUUCCUCCUCUUCUCAGCCACGUGGAAAUGGCAUGUAGUGUUGUCCAUGUUGUAUUGAAGAAAGUCGCGGUGGUGGUUCGACGGACAUCAAAGGGUGAGGGAAAUGAUUGAAAGAAAAAAAAAAUAUACAAGUGUUUUGAAAAAAGAGCGCUAGUGGAGGCAGAGAUUGAAAUAUAUGAGUUAUUGACCAAACGUGAGGUCGAGAUGGCUGGAUAUUGGCCGAAUUACUUUUUUGCGCUUCUAUGGACGGAGACGAAAUCGAGGUCCAUAAAAAAGAAAAAAAAAGAAAGAGGCUCUUGUGCAGCCAUCUUGACCGAACAAGUUUGAAGAAUAAGGAUUUAAGUAUUGAGCUAAACGAUUUCACUUACUUAAUUAAGAAUCAAGAAUGACUAAUUUAUUUCGAGAGCCGGAAGAGAAAGCUAACUGUGUUUGUAACAACAGAGCUUGCAAGCUCUGAAAAAAUGCUCGCGGUGGCCCAACGGUCGAUUGUCCGAACUCCGGAUAUAAGCACCGAGCAGUUAUUGAUUGUAUUUACUGACAAGUACGCUGCCCUCACUAGACCUCCUUCCAUUAUGAGUACAAAUGUGUACCGGACUGCAAAGAAAUGCAAAGAGAGAGGGGGGAGGGGGGUUCAAACUGAGUUGGGUUAUCAUAUCAUCUCUUUCAUUUUCUUCCUCAGGAACUAAAGACAAAGAAAAGGAACAAAAGAUCAAAGUCUGCACAAGCGAGUUGAAAGACAUCAAAGAUAUGACCAGUGACGUCAUACACGCAGUGAAAGCCGGGAAGAAAAACAAUACGGAAGAUCCUGUAUCUAUGAAACUGGUGCUGAAAGAACUUCAGUUAGCUUUAGGAACAUUUUUAAGCAGUGCGAGUGCAAGUUGAGCUUUUGUUGACACUAGCUAUCAACAUAAAAAUAUUGCUGACGGGCUAGAUAAUCUCUGAAAGCAACAUUAACUUCCAACAAAGUGGUUCUGUCCAACAGAAUUGUCUCCGCUCGCCCAUAAAAACGCAAGAAUAAAAAAAGAAUUGUACCG